UAUUCUGCCCAAUUUACAUGAUGUUCAAUGGUGAAUUGAAUGGAGGAAAUGCAAGAGGAAGACAACAUCCUCAAAGUGACAGUAAGCUACAAAGAAGCAAAUGAUGGGACAGAUGUAAUCGAUGGAAGUGGGAUAUCCUUCAAACGCCAGAAGAGGGGCGUCAGAGUCAGUGGAAAAUUCAUGCCACCCCUGGACUGGGAGAGAGUUGAGAGGAAGUACACAUCCAGGUCAACAGGUCAUUCCUAUCUUCCCAGAACAGAUCUGUCAUCAGUCUCAGGGGUGCAACUUUACAAACCAAUGACAGAUGAGCAAUGUGAGGACAGAAAAUAUAUUCAAUAUGGUGGUGACAGUCAAAAACAAGAAGAAAACAGCACAGAAGACUGGGAAACCAACAAUGAGGAUAAAGCUCAAAGCAUAUCUGUUUCAAAAGUUGGGAUUUCGAAAGAAACAAUGGAUGAACUGAAAGCCGUUCUUAAAGAGAGUCCCUUAAUUACCAGCCAGCAAAAAGUGAAUAAUAUAACUAGUUGUUCUACCUCUGAUUUGAAUGUACAGAGUCCUGAGGAGAAACCUAGAGAUGAAGAGGGUAAAUCCUCCACCAUCUUAAAAGCACAAACUAGCAGCCCCAGAGAGCUGACAGCACAGGUACCACGCAAGAAAGUUGCUGGAGAUGAGAUGCCAAAACAGUUGGUGGCUACUUCCAAUAUCCAAAAAUCAGAGAACAUCAAACCAAUCGUUUUGAAGGCAAUGGAGUUACCCAGCCACACUGACAGUGGGUUAGACUCAAAGCAUGAUCCAAGUUCAAAUGUUAAAGUUAACAUGAGAGACCUGCCUAUGCUUAACAGUGUAACUCCCUCACAAACAAGCACCACUAUUGAGCAAGCGAAGCAACAGAUCACAAGGGAAGACAUACGAUUUAUCCGUUUUGAAGCAAGUGACUUUCAUGGAAUUUCAAGAUCGAAAACGAUUCCAUCUCGUUUUUUUCAGGAGAAAGUGUUUCAUGGUGUGCCUCUCCCGAGAGGUUAUCUGGAAGUAGCUUUGGACCCGAAGGAAAAUGGAAUGAAUCAUCCCAAUUUCAACAGUGACAUACUCUUAAUGCCCGACAUCUCAACCUUCAGAAUCCUGCCUUGGGCUGACAAAACUGCAAGGAUCAUUUGUGAUGCUUGCUCAAUAACAGGAGGUCCUCUUCUGACAUCCCCCAGACAGAUAGCAAAGCUUCAAUUGAACCAGCUCCGGGCAUAUGGCUUCACCUUGUACUCAUCGUUCACAUAUGAGUUUUGGCUUUAUAGUUUCACUCAGAUAUUAAACACACCAGCGUCUUUUCCUGCUGCGACUCUCCUGAAUAACCAUGACCAGAACUUUGUGCAGGAGUUAUUCAAUGAUAUGUAUGGUGCCGGGGUUGAUAUUGAAAGCUUCUCCUCUUCCUCGGGGCCUGGCCAAAUGGAGGUCUCUCUCCGAGCUGAAUUUGGAAUGAGUGCAGUGGACAAUGCUUUCACGUUCAGGACUGGAGUCAAAGAGCUAGCAAGGAAACAUAAUAAUGCUGCCAGCUUCUUCACACCCUCCGGUUUUGGCAACUCAGGCACAUUUUCCCACAGUCUGUGGGAUGCCAAUGGAAGGCAGAAUCUCUUCUCUGAUUCAACGGCAGCGCAAGAGCUGUCUGGCAUUGGGAAGCGAUGGCAAGCUGGCCUGGCACAACAUGCUGCUGCCCUCAGCUGUCUAGUGGCACCUGGCCCCUGUUGUCGCCAACGCUACAGCGCAGGGAAGCAUGAAGGGGUCGUUGACGUGACCUGUGGCUCCAAUGACAACAGCUGUGCCAUUAACACCAAGUUCCAUGGUGGUGGGGGCGCCCGUCUUGAAAACCGCCUGGCAUCAGCCAUGGCAAACCCGUACAUCGUCCUUGCUGCCACUGUGGCUGCAGGCCUUGAUGGCCUCAGGAGGGGUUCCUCUGAAAGCUCAACACAAGGUGCGCCCAUUCUUCACCCACUGAAACCCUGCAGCAUUCCUGUUCGGUUGGAGGAUGCACUCAUUGAACUGGAACAUGACUACUGUAUUCGGAGAGCACUGGGUGAACCUUUCAUCCAACAUUUCAUUGCUGUUAAACGGUUUGAAUUGAAAACACAGGCAUUAGAUGGUGAAGAUGAAAAGUACCUAGAAUACUUCAUCUAGUAAAAUGGCCAUAAAUGCAUAUUAAAAAUCAUGUGCAGAAUACCAUACAUCACACCAUAUACAGCACACAGUAUAGCAUCUGUAAAGUACAACAUAUACAAGAUAUCACACAUAUAAUACCAUAUAGCAUAUAAUUGACAUUGCAUACUGAAAAAAAGAUAAGAUAUAUAUAAAAACAAUAUAUCGUUCAUAGUAUACUAUAUACAAAAUGCUAUGCAUUUCAUAUCACAGUGAUUAUAUAAAAAUGUAUUAUAUUUGAUUGAUUAUACCAUGUAGCAUUCAUAACUUGUACAACAUAUAAUAACUAAUCUAUUACAUGCUAGAUAGACAAUUCAUCUUAAUAACAAGUUUCGGAAUUCUCAAUUCACAAAUUCAGUCCUUAUUCUUUAAGUUGGUGUCCACUGGCACUGGUGGGGGUAAAUCCUGAUGUUAGAAGUGCUUACACCAUUUGAUUUAAUGUUGAGUAAUCUGGGUAGUUAGCCUGAUCCUUGGGAAGGAAAUCAUUUUCUUUUGUAUCCUCCUCCAGUUUUAUUGUGGAUGCAUAAAAUUGUGGAUACCUAUAUAGUGCAUCAGAAUUUUGUAUGAUGUGACUUUUUAAAUGGAGUUUGAUCAGUUAGGAAAUUGGGAAGAUUUGGUUUUAUAUUUUUCUUUCUAACUUACCUCUAAAUGAUUUCUAAUUGAAAUGGGACUUUUCUUGCUUUCAUACCAGGAGUUAUAUGAGAAAUAAUGGCCCAUACCUUCUCCCAGGCAUUAAGUUUAAUUAAACUGUUCUCAAGAGAAUACAAAUGAGCACGACUGCCAGAAAGCAGGAAUAGAUUCCUCAUUUAACAGUGUCUCUGAGUCUUGCCACCUUCCUAAAAUGGCCAAAUGAGAUUAGCAAUGUGUACGAUUUGUUGCAUUUUUUAAUGGAUAAGACAAGUCCUGAGGCAUUUCUGUAUCUUUGUAUUGGUAAGCAUUGGACCAACAUUAAAUCUUGGUGUUGGUCACAGGAAAGACAGGUGAGGCUUUGAGAUACCAUAUUGUGAAGUAUUAGCAAAAGUGAAUUGCACAGAGGAUCCUUCAACGUUAUUGAAUAGGCACAGAAAUCUUUCCAGUUAUCAUCAGAGCAAGAGUGCACUGGAAAGUAUAGGGAGAUAGCUAAAUAUCCCAAGCAGCUGACCUAUUUUGUAUGUUCAUUCUUGGGACAUGGGCAUCAUUGGGACUUAUUGUCGAUCUGUGGUUGCCCUGAGAGGCAAUUGGACCACAGAGUAGCUUGCUUGCAAUGUUCCAUUAAAGUUCUUUUCUGGAGUAUGCGGGUGAUUUAUUUAAAUGCACAGCCUCCAUAAUCUUUUUUGUGUGGUAACUUAAAGGAGCAGCAUUUUGCAUGGCCUUUGCAGUAAUUGGCUGUUUGACUGACAGGAACAAGGAAUGUUGCUUGCUUGCCCACUCCAGAAGGCCGGCAACAGUCAACAAUAUUGAUGUGGAACUGGAGUCAAAAGUAUGCCCAAGCUAGGCAAGGUCAGCAUAUCUCCUUCUUUGAAGGGUGUGAACCUGUUUGGUGGAUAUAUAGUCAUUUAACUCUUUAUUUAAAGAUUAUUUGUUUAAACUUGAAAUAUAAUUCUUGUGCUGCUGUAGCAAGAUUUGAACUAACUGGAUUGGCUUUUCCAAGUUGGGUUGUGAUGCUGACAUCAGCCUCCAUUCUAGAUCAGCAACCUGGAAGUGGCUCAUUGGUCUGGAUUUUCCUGAAGAUGUCCAUUUAAGAAGCCAGUUCCAGGAACUUGGUCAGUUAAGGACAGUGGGUUGAUAAAGGAAGGGAGAGGCCUGAAAAAAGGAAUACAGCCAUGUCUAGCUAACAAUAGUCAAGAGGUGCUGCUGAGGCAGGCAAGUGAGGUCGAGUAGCACGAAUACAAAUUACAUUCUCUGAUACCUUCAGCAAAGGUUAUAUUGAAGAGGCCUACAGUAGGCUGGGGGUAUUUGGGGUGGGUGGGCAAAGAGUCAGGGGAUCCCUAGAGCAGAAGCCUUUUGGAUUGGCUACAUCUCUAUUAAAGGACGGAGGUUCCGACUUCCCUGGAAUCUCCCUCUGCUACCUCUAGGGAAUAGCAUGCAUGUCAGAAUGGAUAUGGGUGGUAUUGUGCUGAUGGAGAAAAUGCAUCAUGGAGUGUUCUCAAUGUGAUUUAGCUGGCUGCCUCUAGGGCUGUUUCCACUGAUGAAGGUGAACAUAGCCCAUUGUCUGUAAAAUAAAUACAAGUAAUAGUUCUGUCAAAGCAUCACAACACAGCGGCCUGGAUAUCAUAGAACACCACUUCAUGGUGAAGAUUAGAUUAAGAAGGUAGGUUUUGAUUUGAAGGGUAUAGCCCUAGUUGAUAAAGCUGUUCAAAAAUAGCACAUGCCAUGCUGGAAUUUAUGAAGAGAGACAUUGGGUACACAAGCGAGAGAACCCACUAAACUUUCUAUUAGGUUAGACCACAAUACGGGUUAAAAUUAUGUUCAGUUCUAGGCCCAGUCUUUAGAAAGCAUGUCAAGGCCUUUGAAAAAGUGCAGAUGGGAUUUCACAAAAAAAAGGGACUUGGAAUUAUGGACUUCAGAUGGGUGGAGGGCUGGAGAAACUGGGAUUGUUCUCCUCAGAAAAGAGAGGGUGAGGGAAGGGAUAAUAUGUUCAAAAUCAUGUGGGGUUUUGAUAUGUUGGCAGGAGGAUUAGUAAAGGGAGUACAGAGGUUUAAGAUAAAGAACUUGAGGGGCAAUUAAACUGUCUUUUUUUAAUGCAGUGAAGUUUUUGAUCUGGAAGGCAGUGUCUAACAGAAUGGCAGAAGCAGGUUCAAUAGUAACUUUCGAAAAGGACUUGGACAAAGACUCGAAGAGCAGCGCUAUGGGAAAAGUGCAGGAGUGGUAAGAUUUAUUGAAUAGCUCUUUACCAUUUACAAGCAAUCAAACAACGCCAAAGAGAAAUAAGGAUGGUUCUCUGCCUUCUCCAAGACAUCAGUUACCACAUAGAGCCUGAACUGAAAACAUUUAUUCAAGUCGUCACUCCAGUUCCAGCCAAAGAGCAGAAGAAUAGGGACUGACGAUGCAUUUCAACCUUUAGUAAAACUACUGAAUUCUGUUUGAACUUUCUACAAUAUUGCAACUUUGAGCUGUUUUAAUUGUUCAGCCUUUGGUGAGAAUAAAAAAUGUUUAGCUUGAUUAACAUCUACACAGUUGAUGAUUGUUGUUCAAUAAAAUAUGAACAGACUACAAGAUGCAUUAAAAAGGAUACAGUUUUGUUCUGC